AUGAACGUUCUUGUUUACAAUGGGCCAGGAGCGUCUCCGGACUCGGUGAAACACACGCUUGUGACCUUGAGACGACUUCUGGAGCCCUUUUACGCUGUGAGCACUGUGAACUCCAGAAUACUGAAAACGGAACCCUGGGCCGGCAAGACUUCGGCAGUAGUCUUCCCUGGUGGGGCCGAUCUACCUUACACGAAAGAUUGUGCUUCGGUCAUGCCCCAAAUCAAGAAAUUUGUAUCGAAACAAGGCGGUUUUUUCAUUGGAUUCUGUGCAGGUGGAUAUUUCGCAACUGAUCGGGUAGAAUUCGCCGUAAACGACCCUUUGCUCGAAGUCACAGGCGGAAGAGACUUGAAGUUUUUCCCAGGUGCAGGCAGAGGCCCAGCGUUUCAUGGUUUCAAGUAUAAUAGCGAGGCAGGAGCCCGUGCAGCAAACCUAAGACUGCCCAACGGAGAGGAGUUCAAGACGUAUUACAACGGUGGAUGCGUUUUCGCAGACGCUGAAAAAUACGACAAUGUGGAGGUACUUGCACACUACACAGAGCCAUUAGAUGUUUCUCACUCGCAAGACCCUGCGAGUCUUGGAGCAGCAGCAGUAUUAUGUCAUGUGGGCAAAGGAAAGGCCUUACUUACAGGACCCCAUCCUGAAUACGUUCCGAAGCUAUUGCAAAGAGCUCAAGAUGGGGAUUAUAAUUCAACCGUGGUGGACGUUCUAAUGGAAUACGAAGACAAAAGGCUAAAAUUCAUGAAAGACGCCCUAACCAAACUAGGAUUGCAUUGCAACAAUGAAUUUGCCAACGGGGCAGCUCCCAGCCUAACGCCGCUUCUUGUGGUCUCACCUAAUAAACCAGAACUUUUAGCAGCAUUUGAAGAUAACUUAAAGAAAGCGAAUGAUGUUACGAUGGUAAAUGAUAUCGCAGUACUUGAAGGAGAAACCGAUAUUUUCCGUAUUUACAAAGGGUUCGACAAUUAUGACUCUGCGAGCAAUGAGCUGCUCGAUCAAGAACCUGACGAGGUUCCUAAGUCGAUUAUUGUUGCAACUUCCGAAGAGGCUAUGGCUCCUGCAGGUCUCGCUCCAAAUUUCGAUAUGAAGAAAUAUUUUCAGAACCUGAAGCCUGCCACUGAUAUAGGGUCUUUGCUCAUGUACGGAGAGAUCAUUACUUCCUCGAGUGCUUUGCUCAAUAACAACAAAAAGCUGCUGAGUCUUUUUCCAGCUACUUCAACGCUCCAUGUCGGGACCAUUCAAGUCUCUGGCCGUGGACGUGGUGGCAAUGUAUGGAUAAAUCCAAAAGGUGUCUUUGCUUCCACAGCGUGUGUGAAUCUUCCUUUGAAAUCUCCAGCGACCGGGGCACCGCUUUCGGUUGUUUUUGUUCAAUAUCUCGCGAUGCUUGCGUAUUGUAAAGCUAUUCUAGCAUAUGCACCGGGUUUCGAAGACAUGCCAGUUCGAAUAAAGUGGCCAAACGAUUUAUACGCGAUGAAGCCAGACUACUACCGUUCUAAGCAGCUCCGUUUGACUGGUAAGGGUCUCGAGGGGAGCAAAGUUCCACUGAACGAACUGGAACCUGCAUUUGUGAAAAUCUCUGGUCUUCUAGUGAAUACAAAUUUUAUCAACAACCAAUACUCUCUGCUACUUGGGUGUGGUCUGAAUGUCUCGCACGAUGGGCCUACUACCUCGCUCAAUUCAUGGAUCAGGAUCCUCAAUCAAGAACGCGAGCAAUCCCACAUGUCUCUCCUUCCUGAAGUCGAGGUCGAAAAGCUACAGGCGUUGUACAUGAACAACCUGGAUCAGUUAAUGAAGCAAUUCAUCAAUUAUGGAGCCGAUGGGAUGCUCCCAGAAUACUACAAGCUGUGGCUACAUACGAAUCAGAUUGUAACACUGACUGACCACCACAAUGUUCGUGCCAAGUUGGUUGGCAUAACAAAAGAUUAUGGUCUGCUUAUUGCCAAGGAGCUCGCUUCUGGCACAAAUACUCAGUUCACCGGAAAUCUUUAUCAUUUGCAACCUGAUGGAAACACAUUUGACAUUUUUAAAGGUCUGAUAUCCAAGAAAGUUGUUUAG